AUGACCACUUGUUUUGAACAUCUUUGCAAUGAACUAUUGCUCGAAAUCUUCAAUUAUAUAAAUCCUCGACAUUUAUAUUAUACUUUUUGGAAUAUUAAUUCGCGUUUAAACAAUCUUAUCAUUUCAGUCAACUCGCUUCAACUUAUUAUUAACGAAGAAGAAAACAAUGAAUUAAUUACUAAACUAGCUCCUCAUAUUGGUCUUUUACAAGUUAACACAUGGGAUGAAAUUGAUUUGAAUGGAUUUUGUAAUUUAUAUUCAUUAACAUUGGCUCGACCGUCUCCAAUACAAUUAAAACAAAUUCGAGCUGAGAUCAUGCCAAAUUUAAUCUAUCUUUCGUUAUAUUCAAAUGUAAAUUUCUUUCCACCUAAACAACUUAUUGAUGAUGCAUUUUCAAAUCGUUUUUCUCAGCUUCGUUGUGCUAGAUUAGGUUAUAUUGAUUCUUUCGAUCUUGCUCAUUGGUUUCAAUCAUUGUCUCUUCGCUAUCUUCAUAUUGGUUGUUAUAAUACAACUAUGAUCCCAUUUGUUCUAGCGGCAUGCCCAAAUCUUAAACAACUUCAUGUCGAUUUUUUGCGUCAUAGUGACAAAAUCAUGGAUUCAUCAGUAAUGAUUAAUAACCAUCCUCUUCAACAAUUAAUCUUACAAGAUUAUUGUUGUUUGGUGUCGGUUCAAGAUAUCAGAACUCUCAUUAGUUAUAUUCCAAAUACAAGCAAGAUCAACAUGAACUUCUAUUGUAAUGUUUCAUUUAUUUCUCUAGUUCAAUUUCUUUCAAAUAGUCUUAGUCAUUUACGACGAUUUGAUUGUUUUAUAACAGAGUGUCCAAUCGAUUCGGCGACGAGUUUGGCAACUAUUCAACAAGUUCAUCCAUGUUUAAAUCGCAUUACAUGUCCAAUACAAAAAGCAAAUUUUCGUGUAUUCAGCACAAAUCCACCAAAUAAAUUCAAUGAAGCAGCAGUAACAAAUAUUUAUUUAAGAAGUAUUAAUUUAGCACAAUAUAUUGCUGAACUAGACCAUUAUAAUAUGGAUAAAAUACCUAAACUUGUCGGACGACAUACGAAAACAAUUGAUACAAUGGAACAAUUAUUUCCAACAUGCUAUGGACCGGAAAGGGUUAAUAAACCUGAUUAUCGUUUCAUAAGUUGUUUUAAUCAUGAUCCAACAUCUACAUCAUAA